AUGGCUGACGGCUCAGCCGGGGUCCCAUCGGGCGGCCGGAAGAGAAAGCUGACCCCUGCUCAACUCGCGCAUAAGCGAGAGCUCGAUAGGCGAGCGCAACGAACAAAUCGAGAAAAGACGAAAAACCGUAUCACGCAUCUGGAGAAUCUCGUCGAAUCGCUUCAAGGCAGUGACAAAGAUCGAACCACCACACUGAUUCAGCAGAUCGAUCAGCAGAAGACCGAGGUUGAGCGGCUACAAGGACUUUUAAGCGCUGUAGCUAAGCUCGUUGGUGGCUCUACCACAUCAACUGGCGACAAUGCCGCGAAACCUGAUUCUCGAAGCAGCACGGUCUGGAUGUCUCCAAAGGAACCGACCCCUGUGAAGCUCGAAGCUGAUGAUGAAUUCGUGAAUGGCGGGGGGCUUCCGACAGAUACUUCCACCGCAUCUCCGAACACCACGGACUCCGAUGGAUCCCAAACACGUGUAGCGCCAGCAAAAUCUUUACAUAUACAACAAGCGUCAAGGAAAUCUAUAACGCAGAUGGCUUCCGAUAUCUCCAGCAAUACCGGCCUUGAUGGUCGCAUGUGGUACAUCGCUGGUGUACUACUGCGCCAUAUACUUGCUACCGUGCACCCGAGUCAGAUCAACUAUGAACACGACGAUGAUAUCGCUAUUCGUGCAGUUUUUGAAGGAUGGUCUUCUGUAUCGGAGAAAUACCCUCUCGACAAAGGCUGGCAGUGGCUCAAAGAGGUUGACGAGCGCAUCUACUUCCACCGCUGCGAGCCUUUCAGAUUGAUGCACCUGCGAAAUUGUCGACUUGUUUUUCUUCGACAGAUGUUUCGCAACAGUGAAUGGGGCAGCCGCGUACCCUCAUUUUUUGCACCGAGACCAGCCGAGGAGAACAUGGAGCAUGAUCCGCUGAUUGAAUACUUCCCUUGGCCAGGCCUGCGCGAGCGUAUGGUCUUCUCGCCUACAACAUUUGCCACUGACAAGUUUAUGAACAACCUACGGUGCGAAAUUGAGUUCACGUGGAGCGAUAAUCCGCACGAGCUGUACGAUUGGGAUCCAAUGACCGAAAAGUACUCGUACUCUAACAUGUACUACGAUCGGAUCGUAGACUUGCGGUGUUACCCAGGCACGGUCGACUUCUUCGAAAGCUUUCCAGAAUUGAAGCGCGAUAUCCCACAAGCUACAAACGCUUUGACGACGCUGAGAAUUGCGCCGACAUGCGACGAUCAGCAAAAAGGAUCGAAGCCGAAGAGACCUAAAACCGACCAGCAUGUCGAUGCCACAAGACCACGCUUGAGUUCUUGUACGACCACGAACAGUCGUCCAAGUGUUGUGAGUGAAGCAGAGGAGCCGCUCUAUGCUACCUUAUGCUUGGACUUUUUCACUCCCAAAAGUGUAUCUUCGUCAACCUCGGUGAUGAAGUCCCAGUAUGAAGAUACGCAGUUCGAGAAAGAAGGAAACUUGACUUGA